ACGCGGUCCCUGCGGUCGGUCAGUUUGUCUGCGGGGCACCGGAUCGCGUGGAAGGCUGCUGCGAGCUCCAAGGCGCCGCCUCCGUCGCCCAGAGUCCGGUUCGGUGCGGCCGCUGCCGAGCGAGCUCCUCCCGCCGCCGCCGCCGCUGCCGCCGUGCCCCGACCGCCCGCCGCCCGCCUGCUCGCUCUCCCGCCCCUCGGGCCCCGGCGCCAAACGAGGAGGUGGGCAGCCGCGCCGGCCAUGGACCGCCAAAGCUGAACAGCCGCCGCGGAGACCCCCGCCCUCGCCCCUCCCCAGCCCCACGUCCGCGGUGCCCUUGCUUCUCUUCGCCCUUCGCCCUGGAAAGGCGGGGAAAAGAGGGGGAUUAACCCGAAGAGAGAGAGAAGGGGGUGGGGAGGGGGGAGCCAGUGCCUCCCCUGGGGCAAUCGCCCAUCGCCGCCCGAACCCACCGCGCCCGGCAGAACGUUCGGGGACGACUUUUACCCAUUAUGCGCCCCCUUUUUGCCAAACCCUAAAAUGAAAGGACAAAAGUUGGCGCUGACUUUUGCAGCUCGGAUGGCGACUUGUGCGUUUUCAGCGGCAUCUCCCGGAGAAAAAGCCAUGCGCGCCUGAUUGUUCUGUGGCCCCAAAGCUGCAGUGGGUGUGUGUGUGUGUUUGGGUGUGUGUCUCUGUGUGUACACAGACGUCCACACACUCGGCCGCAGGAUCAGCGCCUGGAAGCAGACGUUUCGGCCACAGACUUGGAGAGGAGGAGCUGAAGAUCAGGAGGCGUGAGCCGCCGGGAGUUUGCAGAAUCCAUGGUGUGAAUGAACUGGGGGCACCUGGGCGCACGGAUCUCUCCCCCCUCCCCCUGCCCCGGGCCAGAGUUGAGCAGUGGGGCAUUUUUUUCACCCUCUUGUGAAGAAUUUUUUUUUAUUAUUUGUUGUAAAGUCUUUUGCACAAUCACGCCCACAUUUGGGGUUGGAAAGCCCUAAUUACCGCCGUCGCUGAUGGACGUUGGAGAGGGAGCGCCUCGCCGCGGAACAGUCGCCUGCGCGCCCUCGCCGGACCCGCGGCUCCCUUGUUGCGCCCCGGCCCGGCCCUGGCCCUGCUGCUGGCAGGCGGGCUUCGGCGCCCCCUCGGUUUCUGCGCGCAUCCCAGCGCUGCUCCAGCUCGGGCCCCCAGACUCGGGCGCCAGUGACCGCUUCGGCUCCGAUUCCCUGUGCCUGACUGACGCGCCCAGGAGGAGCCGGCAGCUCUGCGCCGGAUCGUCCCCCCAGGCUUAACCCGGCCGCUCCGCUCGGAUUCCUCGGCUGCCCUCACUCUGGUGGCGACUUCCUCCCCGCGCCCCCUCCCCCUCGCCAUGAAGAAGUCGAUUGGAAUAUUAAGCCCAGGAGUUGCUUUGGGGACGGCUGGAAGUGCAAUGUCUUCCAAGUUCUUCCUAAUGGCUUUGGCCAUAUUUUUCUCCUUCGCCCAGGUUGUAAUAGAAGCCAAUUCUUGGUGGUCGCUAGGUAUGAAUAACCCUGUUCAGAUGUCAGAAGUAUAUAUCAUAGGAGCACAGCCUCUCUGCAGCCAACUGGCAGGACUUUCUCAAGGACAGAAGAAACUAUGCCACUUGUAUCAGGACCACAUGCAGUACAUCGGAGAAGGUGCGAAGACAGGCAUCAAAGAAUGCCAGUAUCAAUUCCGACAUCGGAGAUGGAACUGCAGCACCGUGGAUAACACCUCUGUUUUUGGCAGGGUUAUGCAGAUAGGCAGCCGCGAGACGGCCUUCACGUACGCGGUGAGCGCAGCGGGGGUGGUGAACGCCAUGAGCCGCGCGUGCCGCGAGGGCGAGCUGUCCACCUGCGGCUGCAGCCGCGCCGCGCGCCCCAAGGACCUACCGCGGGACUGGCUGUGGGGCGGCUGCGGCGACAACAUCGACUACGGCUACCGCUUCGCCAAGGAGUUCGUGGACGCGCGCGAGCGGGAGCGCAUCCACGCCAAGGGCUCAUACGAGAGCGCGCGCAUCCUCAUGAACCUGCAUAACAACGAGGCCGGCCGCAGGACGGUGUACAACCUGGCCGAUGUGGCCUGCAAGUGCCACGGGGUGUCUGGCUCUUGUAGCCUCAAGACGUGCUGGCUGCAGCUGGCAGACUUCCGCAAGGUGGGCGAUGCCCUGAAGGAGAAGUACGACAGCGCAGCGGCCAUGCGGCUCAACAGCCGGGGCAAGCUGGUGCAGGUCAACAGCCGCUUCAACUCGCCCACCACGCAGGACCUGGUGUACAUCGACCCCAGCCCCGACUACUGCGUGCGCAACGAGAGCACCGGCUCGCUCGGCACGCAGGGCCGCCUGUGCAACAAGACAUCGGAGGGCAUGGACGGCUGUGAGCUCAUGUGCUGCGGCCGCGGCUACGACCAGUUCAAGACCGUGCAGACGGAGCGCUGCCACUGCAAGUUCCACUGGUGCUGCUACGUCAAGUGCAAGAAGUGCACGGAGAUCGUGGACCAGUUUGUGUGCAAAUAGUGGGCGUCUCGUCGUCCGCCUGUCACCCAGCCCCACUCCCAGGACUCACUUAUUUAUAGAAAGUACAGUGAUUCUGUUUUUUGGGUUUUUUUUUUUUUAAUAUUGUUUUAUUUUUCCCCCAAGAAUUGCAACCAGAACCAUUUUUUUCUGUUCCCAUCUAAGAACUCUGUGGUUUAUUAUUAAUAUUAUAAUUAUUAUUUGGCAAUAAUGGGGGGUGGGAACCAAGAAAAAUAUUUAUUUUGUGAAUCUUUGAAAAGGUAAGACAAGACUUCUUUUGAUGGUGUAGGAUGAGGAGGCAUGACACAUAUGGUAACUUAGUUGUGUGCACAUCUAGAAGGUAACGGAAAUACGCUUUCUUUUUAUCAACUGUGGGGUCAUCCGGGCCAGGUAGCAUCCCACUGGAGGGGGGCGGCUCAAAUCUAUGCAUGAUUUAGCUUCUCUGACCAAAAUGAGUUGUAAAUGCUCUGGUCAAAGUUGAGAGGUCUCGAGAAACAAACAAAGAAAUGAGACCCACCCCCCUCCCCACCAAGGGCUGCCAGCCUGAAGCAUUUUCAAAGUGGUAAUUUAAAAUGUGAGGGUAAGAAUCUCAUAUCCCUCAAAGAAAAAAGGUUUAUCAUGUGUCUCCUUCUUCUCAAACAUUCCAUCUGCACAUGGUCCUAUUCUAAUAGCUACUGAAACUUGGGGAGCAGAGAGGAAAGCCCCAGAAAUUAAAAAACAUAAAAACUCCUAUAUUAAGACAAUGAUUGGAAGCUGUUAUCGGAAUUAGCUUAUGAGAUUGGAAAAGGAUCCUUGAAUGAUUCUGGGUACUAGACUUUUUGUUUGGAGAGGGGCGGGAGAGGUUGGCUUGGAUAUAAAGGAGAAUAGACUGUCAUUUUCUUAGAGAUACUUGGUUAGUAAAUAAUAAUAAUGAAAAUAAUAAGUGACUUCCAUUCACAGAUCCUCAGCUCAGACAACAAGGUAACUGUGUGCAGUUCAGCCCCGCACCAGAGCAGAAAACCUCUUUGAGAGAAAAACGUGAAAUCCGCCCUCCCACUUUACCCCAGGCCCUCUCUGAUUCCUCCAUGCCGUGCUGCGAUGUGAUACUGGCCACGUUUUCAAGCGGCAGCUCCACUGGAUCCCCUUUGAUUGUAGGACAGGAAAUGAAACAUUAGGAGCUCCACUUGGAAAACAGUUCGCUACUUAGGGAUUUUUUUUCCGGAAAGUUUUAUUUUGAGGAGCAGUAGUUUUAUAUGUUUUAAUGACGUUACUUGGCUAACGGAGUUCACAGAGGUGUUGCACCAUUUCACUGUCAUGAUCCUGUGUUUAGAUUAUCCACCUGACCUGUUCCUAUUACACUGCAGGUAUACCCUGAGACUGUUCCUAGUGUACCUGAACAGUUGCGUUUCUAAGGGGGGAAAUGUGGUUUAAUGGUGCCUGAUAUCUCAAAGUCUUUUGUACAUAACAUAUAUAUAUAUAUAUAUAUAUACAUACAUAUAUAUAUAUAAAUAUAAAUAUAUCUCAGUGCAGCCAGUAAUUUGAUUUACAGUUUACUCUGGGGUUAUUUCUUGGUCUAGAGCAUUGUCAUCCUUCAUUGCUAUCCAAUUGGGAUUUUUCCAAAAGGUUUCUGAGUUGAGCUUGGGCUGUGGCCCUGAUUCGACCACACCUUGAGCAUCACGAUGCAGCCUUGUUUCUGAGGAAUCUAGAAGGUCUUACUCACUGAUAUGCAUGUUGGUUUGAAGAUUUCUUUUCUCUUCCCUGCCCCACCCUCUUUCCUACAACCUCCGUUGCUGUACACUUUCCGGAGAGGGCAUUACUUGUUUGUCAUAGAUGUGGAAAUGAAGAGACAUUCAAAACUUGGGAGCAUUGUCAACAUUUCUCUUUCCUUAGGUCAUUUUGCAGAGUGGAAACCAGUGCCUGCUACAUCUGGUAGUACCUAUUUGAGUCCCUAAGGAAAAUCCAGCUCACGACAUCUCUAGCUAGUUUUUAAAUGUUUUUAAACAAAGACACCUCUUUCCAAAAAGUGCCGUCAAAUGUGUUCUUAUCUGAGUUACGUUGUUUUAAAAGUUUGGAAAGAUACACAUCUCCUGCAACCCUCCUAGGCUUGGUGGCCUUCAUAUCACCUCAGCCAUCUGUGGCUCUUAAUUUAUUGCACAAGGAUAUUCGCUUCCCCUCAGUUGCAGUGAAUUGCAAGCAAAAGAUCUUGAAAUUAAAAAGCACUAAUUAGUUUAAAUGUCACUUUUUUGGUUUUUAUUAUACAAAAACCAUGAAGUAAUUUUUUAUUUGCUAAACCAGAUUUUGUUCCUUUUUAGUGGUUCAUGUUUAUGAAGAGAGUUGAGUUUAACAAUCCUAGUUUUUAAAAGAAACUAUUUAAUGUAAAAUAUUCUACUUGUCAUUCAGAUAUUAUGUAUAUCUUCUAUGGCCUUUAUUCUGUACUUUUAAUGUACAUAUUUCUGUCUUGCGUGAUUUGUAUAUUUCACUGGUUUAAAAAAACAAGCAUCGAAAGGCUUAUGCCAAAUGGAAGAUAGAAUAUAAAAUAAAAUGUUACUUGUAUAUUGGGAAGUGGUUUCAAUUGUCCUUCAGAUACUUCAUGUGGAGAUUUUUUGAGAAACCAUGAGGGAUAGUUUAGGGUGACUACAUGUCAGAAUAAUAGAAGAGUGGAGAAUUUUACCAAAACCAAACUAUUUGGGAACUUCAAAAGAUUCCUAUAUGUAACGGAACAAAAGGGGAAUUCUCUUUUCCUAUAUAUGUUCCUCAAAAAGAGAAAUCAAGCAGAUGGCUUAAAGCUGGCUGUAGGAUUGCUCACAUUCUUUCAGCGUUAUGCACGUAACUUAAUUGUCUUAGAGCAUGUUGCUGUUGUAACAUCUCAGAGAAGAGCAGAAAAGCACAUGCUUUUGUUCAUGACCGGAAUUUUAGUUCAAAAAAGUGCGUUUGCGUUUACCACCGCAACUACAGCACCUCUCAAAUUGAAGUUGAAGGACUGAGUGUCUCUGUGCCCCUUUGAAAGUCGUUUUAUGAAAAGCAAGCCUUAGUUUGCAGAGAAUGAAAACCCAUUGGAAACUAAAGGUUCGUUGUGUUAAGUGCAAUUAAUACGAGUUCUUGUGCUUCUCGAAAAUGUGCACUGAAAUCUGGCCAGUGCUACACAGGUUGAUACGUUAGCCCCUUGCUUUUUUUCUUUCCGGAUAACCUUGUAACAUAUUGAAACCUUUUAAGGAUGCCAAGAAUGCAUUAUUCCACAAAAAAACAGUAGACCAACAUAUAGAGUGUUUAAAAUAGCAUUUCUGGGCAAAUUCAAACGCUUGUGGUUCUAGCACGCACAUCUGUUUCAGUUUUUCCUCAGUUGUAUAUUGACCAGUGUUCUUUAUUGCAAAAACAUAUACUCGAUUUAGGAGUGUCAGCAUUUUUUUUCUUUCUCAUCCUGGAGUACAUUCAAGAUCUUCCCAAUACAGGAAAAUUAACAAAAAAUUUAUAUAUUUAGGCAGCAGCAAACAGAGCCAUGUUCAAAAUCGUAAUUAUGGGCUCAAGUAAAAGGAAGACUGGUCUAAGUUUUAGUCCGGUUUGUCUGUUCAGUUCUUCGAGCUGCUGAUCUCCUGAGAUUGGCACUGUGAGUGUUUUAGCAGCCUACCCAAACCCUUUUCUCAUACGGUUUUGCCAAUACCAAUUUUCAAUUUGUUUUUGCAAAACAUUGUUCAAGCCUCUGGAAUUAUCAACUAUGACACUCUAGCAAAAUAAGUACUCCGAAGAAGAGAGCAGUACUGGCUGACUUCAAGAGAUCAUUAGCAAAAAAACAGUCCCCAAAGACUGGUCCAUAAUAUAAAUAGAUAGAUAGAAAAGGUCCUUAUAACUUAAAGCAUAUAUGCAAUGCAAAUACACACUAAGGCAUAGGUCUAAAAUACUGCUUUAUCACUGUAAAGUAUACUUUUAGAAUAUUUAUUUUUUUAAAAAGCAUUUUUUAGUCUCCCGUCUCUCCAUGGGAUGGUGAAAACCAGAUGCUGUGUUUUGAAAGUAAGACAAUGAAAUGAAUUUUUAAUACAAGAACCAUUCAGCAUCAUGGGAAUUAAAACUCAGUAAAGAAAUCUUCUAAUUUACCUGUUCGCACAAACUUCACACUUAAGUCUGAUGGUUGGGUGAUAUUUCAGUGAAACAUCUUCUUGUUAGUCAACUUGGAGAAAAUGGAUGUAGAAUGAUUAAAGGUUGAUAUGAUUUUUUAAAACAAGAAUGUAUCAAUUUGAAUCUGGAAGAUUUCAUUAAAAUGCUGUCUCCAUAUUUUAAAAGCAAAAAAAGGAACCAGGAAAACUGCAUCUUAGACCAGUUUUAUAUGCAGUGUACAAUUUGCUGGAUUAGAAAUGAGAAAAAGAUUAUUUAUUUUUGUUCAUAUCGUGUACUUUUCUAUUAAAAUCAUUUUACGAAA